AUGGAUGCAGACCUCGGUGGCGUGGAGGAAAAGAAAUUCCCCAUGUUAAUAAAACGUGAUUCCCUCGAGAAGGAGAAGGACCACAUCGAAGGGUUUAAGCCAGAGGUUGCUUGUGUCACAAGAGCUGGUGAACCAGCGAGACCAUCAUCUACGUACCCUUACGUCCAACGUUCUUUCUUUUCUUUAACUAGUGUGACUACGCAUGGUGUUCGAGCUGGGCAACAAAGUGCUAAGAAUGCUAUUGGUUUCAUAGAGGCGAUUAUGAUUAUUGGAAGAGAAGAAGGUGUUAAAGGUUAUUGGAAAGGAAACUUGCCUCAGGUGAUACGGAUUGUGCCUUAUAGCGCGGUCCAGUUGUUUGCAUAUGAAGCAUACAAGGCAAUCAUCUUAUUCUGGGGAGAAGACGGUCAAUUGUCUGUUCUUGGGGCUGGUGCUUGUGCUGGCAUGACCUCUACUCUGAUUACAUAUCCCUUAGAUGUGCUGAGAUUGAGGUUAGCUGUUGAACCGGGGUAUCGAACCAUGUCCCAGGGUAGCCAUUGCUACGGGUACUUGCUAUCCGUUGGAUACCAUUAG